AUGCCAAUCCUACCGUCCCUCCUUUGUUCAGUCACUACUGGGGAUCCACCUGCACACUGGCUACUGAUUCAAGGCAUGUGCCACAUCCUGCUGGACAGCUCCCCAAACUCUCAGGGCACCAACUGGGUGGCGGCCGCGGUGCCUUAUGGGGAAUGUAGUCCGAAAGGCGACGAUCGACCCUGGGGAAACCUGGGAAGGGCGGCUGGAGGCCUCUUCUGCGCAUGUGCCUUCCGGCUCCCUACCUGGGCGCUCUCUCCGGCUUUCCAGGUUCUUCAUGAGGCGAGUCCUGCAGCUUCCAGACCUUUCGUUCCAUGGUCACCUGGACCUGGCGAACUGGGAGCGAAGCGGGUGCACUCACAAGGGCUGGCGGGGCUCUCCGAGCCCUCUGGGGCUGGAAGCGAAGGGGCUGGCGGAGCGGCCUCGGUCGGCCAGAAAGCACGCGCGCUCUCCCGGCGUCCCUCUCUAGGGACGUCUGGAGGCUGGUUUCUGAUGCUCCGAGAGAGAGGCAGCGAGGGCAGAGCUCCCGACCUGCAGGCCUCGUGGCGGGCGCUCCCUGCAGCCCUUCUUUGCCUGAAGAAGGUGCUCUGUGAAGGUGAAAGCCCUGGUGUCACCAGCCUUGGCCCUUUCUCAAGACCAUCUGAAAAAUGAACAAAUCCCAGAUCUUUGCAUUUGAUAGUUCCUUAAUCCAGAGGAGCUGGGCCUGAAGUCCGGUCCCCUGCAACAAAACAUUUAUAAAGAAUUCUCGGGGGAGAGGACAAGAUGGCGGAGGAGUAGGAGGACACGCUCGCCCUCUCCCACAAACACAACAAAAAAAGCACAUCUACAGAAUAAAUGACUACACAGAACAGCAACCAAUCACUGGCAGAGGAA